UGGGCUACUUAAUUGCAAAUGGGCUAUGAGCCACGUGUGGUUUCAUAUAGUGGCAAACAAAUUAGAAUACAUGCAUUGAAGUUAAUUGCCACAAAUAUUGCAAAUGGGCUUGGCCCACGUGUGGUUUCAUAUUUGUAGUGGCAAACAAAUUAGAAUAUAUGCAUUGAAGUUAAUUGGCACAAAUAUAUGCAAAUGGGCUAGGCCACGUGUGGUUUUAUUCCUUAAGUGGCAAUCAAUUUAGAGACAAAGCAUUGAAGUUUGAUAGAUGGUGGUGUGUUGAAGUCAUUAAUUACUACUAGUGAAAGUCUUUAUAAGGUUGUUGCACGUAAGUUUAUGAAACAAGGUUCUACUAUUCUCUAAGUGAAAAAAUGAGUGAGAAGGGUAGUAGUAAUAUGAGUGAGAUGGGUAAUAUUGAAGAAGAAAAAGUGGUAAAACUAAUAGUGAAAUCAGGAGAUCUUGCUGAUUUUGGUGUGUCGUAUGUGUUGGGUGUACAUACUCCACUUGCGAAGUUAUAUUCAUUUUACGCUACACACGUAGGGGUGGACCCCGAUGACAUCUACCUCAUGUGUAGGGGUCAGUUCUUAAGACCGGACACAAAUUCGUUUGUUUACGGGUUUGAUGACACUGAGCUCGUGCUAGCUUAUUCAAAGUCAGGAAAAAGUGUUGUCGCUGAUGUGGAUAUUGAUCGCGACUAUUACUUCGUUACAAUGCGUGAUCUACAAACGAAGCCCACAGUAAGGAUAUUCCGGAUGAAAUGCACUACUAAACUACAAAGACUUGCUAUGUUGUGGGCUUCUAUGGAGGGAAUAGAGCCCAGUAUUGUUUCUUUGUACCAUGAACAGGCACGUGUUGACCUUGAAGGUACCUUUGAUAGUCAAGGUGUUCUUGAUGGGGACGUCAUCUACGUAGUUAUUAAUUAUUUGGGAGGUUAAGACUUGCUAUGUUUUCUUAUUAGUAGAUGAAAAGUAAUAUAUUAGUAUAUGAAGUAUUAAGUAAUAUUAGUAUAUGAAGUCGUAAGUAAUAUUAGUAUAUGAAGUCUAAUGUAAUAUUAGUAUAUGAAGUCUAAUGUAAUAUUAGUAUAUGAAGUCUAAUGUAUUAUUAGUAUAUGAAGUCUAAUGUAUUAGUAUAUGUAACUGAUAAGUUUU